AUGAGAACGAUCCUACGCCGAACCCCAAUCCUCACAUCAACUCUCAAAACCGGCAUCGGAAACAACCGCGUUCCCCGCAUCACCAGCAACAGAUCCCUCGCCACAAUGACGACCGGCAACUUCCGCUACCUCGACCCGGCGACCCUCGGCGCCGCCGGCAGCAAACCGUGGGCCAAGGUCGACACGGACGUCACCUCCUUCAGCCGCACCGACCGCCGCCGCUCCGUCGCCAACAUUCGCGACGCCGGCGAGGCCUUUGGCACCGACGUCUCUGGCUUCGCCGUGUACAACUCCCCCGCCAAGGAGAAGGACUUCACUGACGACGCGGCCGUGCGGGGCGGCUACUACGCCGAGGUCGAGGCCCUGCUGCGCGAGAAGCUGCCCGGCGUGAAGAAGGUCGUCAUCUUCGACCACACGAUCCGGCGGCGGGAGAAGAACAGCCCCAGGCAGCCGGUGCAGCAGGUGCACGUCGACCAGACGCCCGGCGCCGCGGCUGUGCGCGUGCGGAGGCACGUCUCUGGGGACGAGGCCGAGGAGCUGCUCAAGGGGCGGUAUCAGAUUAUCAACGUGUGGAGGCCGAUCGGGCACCCGGCGAGCGAUUUCCCCUUGGCCGUGAUCGACUGGCGGACGACGGAGCCGAAGGACCUCAUCGCCGUCGAUCUGCUGUACCCCCAGAGGAAGGAUGCGGACGAUGAUGACAGGGGCAAGGAGGUGCUUCCGGACCCGACCCUGGCGCAGUCGACGGAGGGAUAUGAAGUGAAGGGAGAGACAUACUCUGUCGCGCCGAGCGACAAGCACAAGCUCUACUACGCCAAGGAUAUGACGCCCGACGAGGCCAUGUUCAUCAAGUGCUUCGACUCGCGGAGCCAGGGACAGCCCGGCGGGAAGCCGGGUCUUGCGGACUACACGCCUCACACCGCGUUCAUCGACCCCAACACUCCCGCAGAUGCGAAGGGGCGGCAGAGCAUCGAGGUCCGCUGCUUGGUUUUCUACGACUAG